AUGUCCUACAACAUCGCUGGAAUGGUCGUUAAGAACGAGUACCUCGCGCUCGGCACGAUGGUAGCUACCGGCGCGAUCGCAUACGGCAAGCUUUCAGGCGGUGAAAAGCCAACAGGACCGGUCAGGCCCGCGCCUAUCGAGAAGGACCAGACUAUCACGGCGACUAGCAAGGCAGAGGAGGACUUCAUCCGCCAAUUCGUUGCCGAGGCAGAGAAGGAGGGACCAGUCAAGGCGCACUAG